AUGGCGACGCAUUCGACUCCUGAGCCAUCCAGCCUCACGCCUGCUGGAUCCACCGGCACCAAGAUGAGCCAGUCGCCCUCGCCCAAAUCGACUGCGUCUGUCCCUACCCCCAACAAUCUCUCAAAGCGCCCUCCUCGAAAGAGCACUUUGACUCAGCAGCAGAAGAACCAGAAGCGACAGCGGGCUACCCAGGAUCAACUCACCACUCUGGAGCUCGAGUUUAACAAGAACCCGACACCCACUGCGACUGUGCGCGAACGGAUAGCCGAAGAAAUCAACAUGACCGAAAGGUCUGUCCAGAUUUGGUUCCAGAACCGGCGUGCCAAGAUUAAGCUUCUUGCGAAGAAGAGUUUGGAAAGCGGCGAAGACAUCGACUCGAUUCCGGAGUCUAUGCGUGCUUACCUCGCCAUGCAGGCAAUGGAGUCUGGCAAGGGUCUUGGUGGACCCUACAUGGGACGUACUGGCUUGAUGCCGUACGGUUCUAUGAUGCUGGGCGGCGAUCAGGGUGGACAAGGCAAAGUCUUGAUUCACCAUCUGACCUGCCGAUCUUUGAGCAUUGGAAAGUGGAUGCGUGUCGGGCAGAAUACGAUGGAUCUCAUCAUCUUCUACUCACCCGAGAAAUGCACAAUGACUUACUACAUCAACAACGAUCAGGCUGGCUAUAAGAUCGAAUAUCACUUCAGUGCUAUCAAGAACAUAUUUUUGGAGAAUGCGGAGGGGGAUGGGAAGCUCGGUGGAAUUGUCAUCGAACUAAACCGACCACCCAACUUCUGGAUGGACUCGUCUCCCAACUCCAAUGGAUUUUUCCAAUGUGGCGAUUUCACCGAGGACCAGCAGGCCACUCACUGCUAUGUUCACCAUCUAGGCGGUAAUCCCAAAGUUCUAAGCGGUCAACUAGCCAAGUUGGUCUCUUUAGAAUCUUUUGCUAACCGUCACAACACAAACCCCUUCGAUAUGAGCCACGCCUUGUCUGUAUCAGCUCCCGUGUCGCCAACGAAUCGUCCUUCUUCGCAGCCAAACUUCGCUCAGCCUCACGUCGGCAUGUUCCAGGAAUCGCAAUGGGGAAUUAACCCAAUGUCCCACGGUAUGCGUGGACCCGGUCAUAAGCGACAGCGCAGUCGCUCAGUUCCUUCGGCCGUCGAUUUCGCCAUGUUCCAGACUCCCAUGCCAUCAUUUUACAUCCAACACCCUGGCGAGAACCAGCCUCAGCCACAUAACCCUAACAUCUAUGCUCCCAUACCCCAGCAGCCUCAGGCACUUAAUCCCGGGUCGCAUCUGCGGAUAGAUACACAGGCGGCCUAUGGUUUGGAUAUGCGACAAUACCCUCUGUCAGCUUCGACUACGGCCCCUUCGGAAUACUCGAGUCCCAACUUUUUCCCGCAGGCCCCUGAAGGCACUCCACUUCCCGUGCAUACUCCAUAUAGCACCAACUUCCUUUCACCGAUGCCCCAAGUUGCACCUCCUGCCUCCCCACUCUCAUAUGGCAGCCAACACGGAGACCCAGCCAUCGUUGAACAGUCACCUCCUCUCGCCAUGAUGCAGCGACCCGCAUCGGCCGACCUCUAUCCCAUGGGAGAGUCUGCUAUUUCAGACGACGGGCACAGCCUGAAUGAGAUGUACUCGAAACAUACCAUCAACUUGCCUAUGCACCCUCACUCUCCAGCAUUCAUUGAGCCUGGUCAAGCUGAUCUGGAUAUGAAUCAGUUGGUGCACUUCGACCCCAUUGACCAGCCGAGUCUGUCACCAGAACACAUGCCGCAUCCUUGA